AGCUUCCUGAUUCAAGCCAAGCUGACAAGCGUCUUCGGCAUGGCGGUCGCAAUGUUCGCCCAACUUUUCCUUGCCAGAUUCUUGGCGCUGGCAGUGGCAGAAGUCUGUGAUCCCAGCGGAAAUGCCACCUGUGCCAAGUGUGCUGGAAGCAUUGAAGUGCAGGGUGCAGGCAAGUUCCAGAUGACGAACGCGUACUGGAACGUGCCGGACGAGAAAGCUGGGGACGUUGAGGUGAUUGGCAACAAAGUGACCCCCCAGAUGAAAGGGCGCACCUAUUGGACCGACCAGUGCAAUGGCCAAUACGAUCACAACAAAUAUGCCAACAUCUCGUUUCUGGGGAAGCAGUUGCAGUUCACCACGGAUAUCUCCGGUGCGGGUUGUGGGUGCAACGCUGCGCUGUACCUCACCUCCCUCCGCCAGAGCCAGCAGCUCUCAGGCUGCGAGGACUUCUACUGCGAUGCCAACAGCGUAUGCGGCCUGCGCUGUGUAGAGAUCGACCUCAUGGAGGCCAACAUGUACGCCUGGCACACCACGAUGCAUGUGGCGGACGAUGGCAGCGGCAUCGGCGCUGGCUAUGGGGGUGGCAUCAAUUGGAAUGGCCACAGGGACUGGGUUCGCGAGGAUUACGGACCAUCUGGGCGCUGCAUCAGCACGGCCUUCCCCUUCCAGGCCAGAAUGGCUGGACACACCAUGAGAAGGGUGACCAUCGGCUUCCCGUUGGACCAAGGCCGGCUGCGCGCCAUGACAGUGAAGCUGACUCAGGGCCGCGUCUGUGACCUGGAGACGGAGGUGCCCACCUCCUGGUACCACUUCCAGGGCCGCGACAGCAGCGCCGAGAUCACCGAGGCCAUGGCGGCCGGCAUGACGCCGAUCAUCAGCUACUGGAGCGCCCCCAACAUGCUCUGGAUGGACGGCGUUGGCGCAGAUGGGCUGGGCCCCUGCGCGCAAGACUUGCCUGAACUCUGUGGGGAGUCAGUGCAGUUUUACGAUUUCAAAUUGGAGAGCUUGCCAGACCUCCUCGUUUGAUUGGGAAUGCUGUGAUAGGGCAUUUGUGCAUAAAUUCAUACACCAGCUUCGCUGAAAAGCUGCGAAGUGCAUGUUUCGGUAGGCAUCAUUGCUGGAAAUGUCUUGCUCAAGUAUUUUCGGAGUUCGCGCAACUAGG